GUGGUUCAACAGAUGAUUCAACCGAAGGUGAUUCAAAUGAUGGUGGUUCAAAUGAUGGUAGAAUCGGGCUAGAUGCGGGACCUUCUGCAAUUCAAGAGUUUGAUGAUUUUAUGAAAAGAUUUAUAAUAAAAUAUACUCUGAAAUGUGUAACUGGUCAAGAGUUAAUUCAAAAAAAUGUUAAUAAACGAAAGAUAUUG